UUAAGGCAUAACCACUUGUAAAUGAAAUCACAUCACAACGCCUACAGUAAAGUAGUAUUGGUCACGUUAUUCUUCUGUUUGAUUUCAAUAAUAACAAUUCAAUCUGUAAGGAAAGGAAGUUGUUCAUAUUUUAAAGUGUAUUUAGUGAGAAAGUGAAAUUCAGUUUGAAGAAAUAAAAGCGCCAAAAUGCUGGACGCCAAGAAACCAAAGGCGGCCUUCGGCAUCAGGCACCUGCAAGCGGUGAUGAUGUUCUUCGCCAUGGUCAUUGGCUACGCCAUGCGAGUCAACAUGAGUAUGGCCAUCGUGGCUAUGACUGAUGACUCUUCAGAAAACACAUUCGACUGGAGCAUGCAAACGCAGAGCGUGGUCCUCUCGUCCUUCUUCUGGGGUUACGUGGUGCUGCAGAUCCCUGGCGGUCUCCUGGCGGACAAGAUCGGAGGCAGCAUUCUCAUCACCAUCAGCAUUGGGUGUAAUUCCAUCAUCACCCUCAUACUGCCUACCGCUGCCAAUUAUGGUGGUUGGCAGGCAGUGUGCGCAUGCCGCGUCCUACAGGGUCUAACUCAAGGCUUCCUGUUCCCCUGUUCUCACAACCUGAUCGGUAAAUGGGUGCCUUUGGAAGACAAAGCCCGAUUCAUGGCCUUCAUUUAUUCAGGAUCUCAAUUCGGCACAGCAGCCCAGCUCAUGCUGGCCGGCUACCUCGCCGAGUACUGGGGCUGGCCUUCCAUCUUCUACGCCAGUGGCGUGUGUGGCGUCAUAUGGACGGUCGUCUACAUCCUCAUUGGAUCAGCUUCACCGCAGAGCUCGAAGAUGAUCAGUGAGGAGGAGAAGAUGUACAUACAGAGCUCACUAGGGCAUGUGGGUGGACAUAAGUCAUACCCCGUUCCCUGGAAGUCAGUGUUCACAUCACUCCCCUUCAUCAGCCUGAUCGUAGUGAACUGCUGCCAGAACUGGGGCUUCUGGACUCUCAUGACUGAGAUACCUUCUUACAUGAGUCAAGUGCUUGGGGUCAACAUUAAAGCGAAUGGCGUCUUGUCAGCGCUCCCAUACAUAACAAUGUAUUUGUUAAGCUUUCCCUUCGGUAUGGCAUCAGACUUUAUUCUUGCCAAGGGUUGGCUUAGUGCCACGACUACGAGAAAACUAAGCAACAGCAUAGCUUAUCUCGUGCCAGCCGUGACUCUCAUCGGCUUUGCUUACGUUCCUGCUGGGAAUGUUCCCAUGGCGGUCGGUCUCCUGUGUGUGGUCGUCGGGCUUAAUGCGGGAUACUAUACAGGCUUCAUGCUGGCGUUUCUGGACAUGGCUCCCAACUUCGCCGGAUUCAUGCUCUCGAUCACGAAUUGCGCCGCCAACUUCAUAUCAUUCAUCGCGCCGCUAGUGGCCGGAGUCAUAAUACACGAUGAGACUGACGUGAGUCAGUGGCGUAUGGUAUUCUACCUCUCUUCCCUGCUUUACGUGCUGGGUAACACCUUCUAUCUAGUAUUUGGGACCAGUGAGCUACAGUCAUGGAACGAACCACAUCAAGAUAAGGAAGUGGAAAGUGGUACAUGUGCAACUGCAGAAAGGACUGAAAAAGCUAUAUAAAAGAAUGCAUUAUUACAAUUGGUGUUAGUAGAAAAAUAUAGAAACCUCAAAUGGACGACUCUCACAAGAUGUUCAAUAUUAUUGUUAUAGUACCGUAAUGUUAGAUUUCUUCUUGUUAAAA